AUGCGCAGUGUGGAGACCCCACUAACUGCGGCUCAGGAGACCCCUGCCGGGGGUCUUCAGCCUCUCCUGAUGUUGUCUCCAGUGAGCGCUUGCCCCCCGCCUCCUGCCCUCUUACUGCCUCCAGCGUGGUUGCCACAGCAGCUGGUCCCUGAGGAGCCUGCCACCCUCCUGCCUGCCUGCAGUGCCUCCAUUACCGCUUCUGCGAGGAGUAGAGAAAGAGGCGUGUGGGGACGCCCGCCCUCCUGCACACCCCAUUUUGAGGACGGGGUGGGGCUGGGAAGAGCCAGUGGCAAAGAGGGGCGGGACGACGAGGGGGGCGAAAGGGGAGGCGGGGCCCCUCUUUGGUGGCCUCUCGCCUUGGCCGUGAGGCCCCAGUCCACUCGGCGCCUGGACGGUGGAGGCGGCAGCAGCAAGCAGGCCGUGGCGGAGGACGAGCCGAAGCCGACCCAGCUCGACACGCCCCUGGUCCUGGACGAGGACCUGACCCAGCAGAUGCGGCUGCGCCUGGAGAGUCUGAAGCAGCGCGGGGGGAAGCGCCAGGAUGGCGAGAAGCUGCUGCAGCCGGCCGAGUCCGUGUACCUCAUCGACUUCAUCCAGCAGCAGAGGCUGCAGUUUGAGCGCUGGGACGUCGUGCUGGACAAGCCGGGCAAGGUCACCAUCACGGGCACGUCCCAGAUCUGGACGCCCGACCUCACCAACCUCACGACGCGGCAGCUGCUGGACCCCGCUGCCAUCCUCUGGCGCGAGGAGGGCUCGGAAGCCAUGGAUGGGAAUGAGGCCGACGCCCUGGAGUUUGGGGAGCGCCUGUCCGAGCUGGCCAAGAUCCGCAGGGUCAUGUACUUCCUCAUCACCUUCAGCGAGGGCGUCGAGCCUGCCAACCUCAAGGCCUCCGUGGUCUUUAGCCAGCUCUGAUGGCAGCUGCCCGCCGCUACCCUCUCCUUUCACCCACCUGCCUGACCCCUGCCCAUACCCCUUUCCCCCACGUGUGUGUCUGGGGACAUUCUGGUAGCUGCUGGCCUGUACUUGGCUUGGCCAGGACCCCUGAGCCUGCGUCCUUACUUCUCUCCUUUCCCGUGUGCCGGCUGUCCCGCUUACGGGAGGAAGAUGCAAGGGCUCCGUAGUCUAG